AUGCCUCCUGGUCGCAUCCCACCCGUCUCGAAUAACCCCGAGAAAAUCCAACUCGAACGCCUCAGCUAUGUGUUGUUUUCGCAUCCGGAUCUAGAGAAGUUCAACACUUUUGCAGUUGACUUCGGCUUUGAGGUCGUCGAGAAAACCGAGUCCUCCAUUUGCUAUCGUGGUUGGGGCCAAGAUACCAUUUCCUACGUCGCCCUCCCUGGCGAUGCCAAUGAUGAAGGGUUCAAAGGCGCCGCUUUCAUCGCCAAAACCGAAGCCGACUUCACAAAAAGUGCCGCUCUACCAGGAGCAUCCUCUGUUCAAGAUCACAAAUGGCCCGGUGGAGGCAAGAUUGUGACGAUUCCAUCGCCUUCUGGCGCAGCUAUCCACGUUAUUUGGGGCCAGCAGGAUCGACCCAAGCCCGAAGCUCCAGUCAGCCAUACCGAAGUACAUAAAGGAGGGUACAAUACGACAUUGAAGAAAGAGAGAAAGGGAGAAUUCCAACGGUUCAAACUCGGACCGGCUAUGAUACAUAAGCUUGGACACUAUGGCUAUAUGACCAAGAUGUUCGACGAGGACAUCGACUUUUACACCAGCAACUUCAACUUCGUCCCAUCUGAUAUUCUAUAUGAGGAGAUCGAUGGACAAGAAAUUGAUACAUUAACAUUCAUGCAUCUCGACCACGGCUCAAUUUACACCGACCACCACACUCUUUUCCUCAACCGGGUCCCUUCAACUUACCCAGUAAACUACCGUGUCCACCAUUGCUCUUUCGAGGUGGAGGACUUUGAUACCCAGCUGCUUGGACAUGAAUAUCUGCUCAGCAAGGGCCACAAGCUUGUAUGGGGUGUCGGACGGCACGUUCUCGGAUCCCAGAUCUUCGACUACUGGCAAGAUCCCAGUGGCUAUAGCAUUGAGCACUAUGCCGAUGGCGAUGUGGUCAAUGAGGAUAACCCUACAGGGAGAUCCCAGAGUGAAGGCGCAGCUUCGAUGUACAUUUGGGGUCCGAUCAGACCCUUAACGGGUGUUGCGCAGUAG